GUUCGAUGGCCUGAUGAUAGGGUAGACAUGGUUUCUUGAUUAAAUACCAAUAAUGGGAGUUCACAACAGGCUGAAAAUUAUUUCAGGACCAAGCAGCAAGCUGCAGUAGUUCUUGGAGGGUUCUAUUCAUGGUUCAGGAGGAAGUGUCCCACUGCCACUCACUCAGCUCUUUAGAGAGCAGCUGCUUCACAAUCCAUAGAAUCAGAGUCAUCUCCAUAGGUGGCAGCUGCUGUUAUGUUUCCUGGUCUUAGCCAGCUGAAGGUACAAGUUCCCUGCCAGGACUCUGGAAUAUUUCAGUCACUUGACUGUUGUUUUUCUGCAAGGGACUAAGCAUAGGAGGUGGCCAGAACCAAACUGUUUUAGGACUCCUGUUACAGUGUUCACUAUAUUCCAAUUUUUAUGUUCUUACUCCUUCAGUAAGAUUAUUUGUCUUAGAAAACAAAUAACAUGUAUAGUCCAAAGAAGAAUAAUCAGAGAUUAACAGGGCUAUUCCCCCGCUGUCAUUAAGAUCUGCAGAUCAGGGUCUACUGUUUGGUUUGAGGUUUUGCUCUUUCCCUAGGAUAUUAGGGGCAGUGUUAUACCCGCUCAUCUGUGCAGGUGCCUCCAUUCUAGAAGUAUGUCUUCUGCGGUCCCUGAGCAAGAACCAUGGGUGUAGCAUCCCGUAGGCUGGUUUGCCACAACCCCCCCUUUUUUUUCUCUACUCAGGUACAGACCCCCCCUCUCCUCCAAUCUUCCUUGUUCUUGGUGUCAUCCUCUUCCUUCCCACUGUGAGUCUAGUUUCCAUUCAAGGCAUAGUGUUCUGUCUUUAUUUUUUUUUUAAAGUCAGGCAAUAAUCUAAUGUCUUCAGGUGAUACCGUGGGGUAAGGAAUGGUAAAAAUUAGUAGUGAGGUUUUUCCUAAAAAUAUUCUAGUAAUUCAGCAAGAAGAGGUGAAAUUGAACAACCUUUAAGAUCCUUCCAGACUGACACUUAAUUUCUUGUUCUGUGUGAGGUGAAUAAAGAAUUUGUACAUACAUGUGCAACUUAGAACAUUGCAGAGGCUACAGAUAACUGAUAAAGAUGUACUUCUUUCCUACUCUGGGGAUUGUUUAAAUAAUACCAGAAAGAUGACGUAUGGGAUUUAUGUGUUGGGGUGGGCUUUCUGGCCCUUCCCCUUCGGUUGGCUCUAAUUUUGAUAACUUUGGUAAGAGAACAACAAUGGCAGAUGUAGAUUGAAAUCUGGGGUACAUGGUGAUUCCCCAAGAAGGGAGGGAAGCCCUAGUGUGUACAGCCAACAGAACUUGGGAUGCACCCCCUCACUGGUUCCUUCUGCUCCACACACCAUCUACCUACCAGAGGGUGUGAUAAGAGCCUUCGGUCUCAGAGUGUGGUUUGGAAUCCUGCUCGUUGAGUUCACCCUCCUGCCUGCGCUAAGAUCACUUUGAACAGAAUCUUGUCAGAGGAACAUACUUAGUACUUACAAUAAUCUUAGAAGUUCACUUGAUAAAUUUGCCCACACAGGCUCAGAAACUUUGAAGAAAUACUGGAACCAAUCUGGACUAUGGUUUAAACUGUUCGGUUGCUGUACUUGGAUGCCUAGGCACUCUCAAAGAGGAACAUUUGCUAAGGGUAUUUAGGCUGGCAGCCCCCUCCUGUUCACUUCUGAAACUGGGGGCGGGAGUAGGGGAUUGCUCCUUUGCCUGGGAGCACAGGAGACAGGGCUCUUAACUUCUUCAAACUUUGCUGCCACCUUUCCCAUUUGUCUAGAGUUUCCUCUUAAGGCCUCCUGGCCUUUGGCUCCUUGAAAAGAACUCCAGUGGUAGGGCAGCCCUCCCGGCCAUACAGAUGCAUGUGCCAUGCACAUGUGUAUAUGAGCAUCUCCCUCUUCAGCUCCCCGAUCUUAGGGUAGCUCCAUCAUGGGGCUCACCCAUAAAAACACCUACACUUUGGCUGGCCCUGUCGUUGUCUGGCUCACAGGUAGUAGGACAGCCUGGAAGAACAGCUCCCUGUCUGCAUUAGGGGAGAAUCAGGUUCUGCAGGCUGACCUCUACAGUGAUGAGUUUUCCAGGGUGUAUUCCUAUUGAGAAGUGGAACUUCCCCACAGAGUCAGCCUUGGUCAGAGCUGGGUAGGUGGUGACAACUGUCUUAGAGGACAUUUGACACUCUCCUGGCGUCAGUUGUCCAUUAGCAUUUAAAGCCUGUUCAGGCCGGAUCUUUGGUGUUAACAGUGACCAUUGGCACCCGCUGGUCCGUUCUCAGCACUCCCUGACAUUCCCUCUUCCUGAGGGAUCCACCUGGCAGUGGAGUCACUUGUCUCACUGCUGGCAGAGCCCGGCAUUGCAUAGUGUUUUCUCAGAACAGCCACCCUUGUUCUUCAGACAAGCUUUUUUAGUGAUGAGAGGAAAUGUGUAAUUUGGGAUUCCACAGUGCCUUGCAUAUGGUAGGCGCCCAAUACCUAUUUGUUGAAGCAAAUCAAGUUCUUUGUCCCCACAGUGACCAACGCAUCUUCCUCCGAAGGGCUUGGCAGUUGUGGCUAAAAUCUAAGUAUCAUUAUUUGCUCGAAACCAUAUUUACAGUUUGUAUGAAUUUCGGUAUAUUGCCAAGAUGGGAUCUUUUUUUCCUAUUGUAUUUUCUGUAAAUAUUUCUGCCACUGAUCUGUAAAGUAAAGGAGAUGUAAAUAUGAAGGUGUGCCUGUGUCCCUCGCUGCCUGUGCUGGAUCUGCGCUAGCCUGGGAAGAAGGUGCAGAGGUUCGUAUUUAUGCCUGUCCUCCGUCCACAAGAAACCCACAGGAUAAUGAAUGUAAUACACGCAGUCAAUUAAAUUUUAAGGAGCUUCUUAUCUAAUAACUUGGUGUGUCCUUUUGGUUAUCAGCCACAGGGCUGGCUCCUGCUUGGUCAUUCUGACGUCACUCUCCAGGAGGGUCUGCUCAGUUUUAGCUAAUCUAGGUUUUCACUCUAGGUUUUUUACUUUUCCUGAAAUACUCAAAAUUAGGCUAAUUUUAAGAGAAAAGGACAUGUCCUUCUAAUGCUGGCAGGAGUGUGUAGAAUUAAGAUACAAAGGCUGGAAGUUGGGGGAUGAGUGAGUCCUGGGGUUUUCUGCCUGUAGAGAAAAGUAAGGACAUUCCCAGAUGGAGAGGGCACAGAGGUCACCUGUGCCCUCACUGCCCCUUUGCACUGGUUGGCUCAGAGGGCUUUACAAGAAACAUGUUGGGGCCAUGAGCCUGGGUCAUAGGUGAUGGGCUGGCGAAUCUUGGAUACAUAAGUGAGAGCUGUUAAUAUGCCUGCCUGCACCCGGAGCCACCCCUCCAGCCUGGCACCAACUCCACAGAACGGCUGUCCUGCUGCAUGUGAGCUGCCUGGGACCCAGAGCCGCCCUCUCCCUUUUUCUUAUCCAGCUCUACCUGCCAGCACAGGACCUACAGCUGGGCCAAUUGGCACAAGAAGCUGACUUCAGUGGCCCAUUUUGCGAAAGUUUCAUAGCUAGCCAAAAAUAUAAGCAUUCAAGUUUUUCCACCUCUGUAGCUCAGCUCUCCGACACACCUCCAUACUGACCCGGCACCUAGAAAUCCCAGCCCCGACUGCUCCUUUUCUGGCCUCUGGGCCUGCCUUGUCCACAGCCUGCCGUGUUCUUAGGUGCACGUUUGAAUCCUGUUUACCCAGACUCCUGUGGGUUUACUCAGCCUGGCCUGGUUCCCCUUCUCUGUAGACAGGCGUCCUCCUCCAUGUCUUGCCCUCUAACCCAAUUUUGAUGCAUCAGCUUCCCAGUCUAGGACAACCCUGACUUCAACCUGUGCUCUUCCACUAUGAGAUGCUGUGUUCUCCCGCAUCAUGCCUGCCUCCCGCCCAGUCAUGACUCAACCGCAGGGGUGCAGCCUCAAUGAAGGAGGGUGAGCCUAGGAACUGGCACGUUUAACGUACCUCCCAGCCCCACUCAUCUUUUGAAGACUGCACAGGCCAGUUUAUUACAGACAUCCCCUGACUCCCAAUGAAUGCCCACUUCCUGCCACAAGUGUAAGUCCAGCCCAGGUGGGAAGGAUGAGAGGUGUUGUCUUGCCCCACCGAGACAAGGGGGCAAGUUUUUAGAAGUCCCUUGCUAAAACGCCUAAUAAAGGUAAGUAGAGGAAGCUUCAAUAUAAUGUUAGUGUUAAGUGGUGGCUCAGUGUGUGGCCCGACAGGUUUAGCCUACAGCGUUCUAACGAAGUCUGAUCCCAUCUGUUUGUGUUUGGAGGGGCAGAUGCACCCAGGUGUUUUCCUGGUCUCUAUUAGAACGGGAUCUUUGGCUGGAUGGAGCUUGCCGUUUCGGCUAUUCUUGCUAGCCAGCUUGGCCCUAGGAUUCCCUGCCUCUGCUGGGAUUACAGGAAGGCUGACAAACCCACCUUUAUGUGGAUUCUGGAGCCCUCCCCCCAACUCUGGGCCUCAUUUCUGGGAUAGGCAUCUUAUUCCCCUCCCCUGUCUCCUGUUUUAAACUUGGGAGACUCCACAUAAAAACCAGAUGUUAGGCUCUUGUGGGGGUGGGCAGUGUGGCAAUGCUGCAUCUGCCUUUCCUAUGUGGCAACUGUUGCUGGAGCUCCCCAGUCUCUUACCUUCCAGCACCGAGCUUCCUCCGUUCCCGACAGUGCCCUGUCCCACAAGCGCGGCGUGUGCGUGUGCGUGCGCGUGUGUGUACGUGCCACUGGAAGCAGCACCCGGGGCCCUAGCUGGUUCAUGGCCACACUAACUAUGAGUAGGCGAGUACCUUUUGUGGGCCGAUGUUUGUCCUUCUGUUUCUCUGAGUUUAGAAUUGCUCAGUUCCCUCAGAGGCUCGCAUGAGCCCUGUGGCUGCUGGGCUAGUCCAGCCCUGGCCGUCCUCAGAAGUCAGCCUGUCUCCCAGCCAGACCCUUUCAGCUCCCUCUGCCUGAGGACUGUGACUUCCUUGUUACAUCACACUCACUGUUAAGUCACAAUUGGGCUGAAAGCAGAGCCUGGCCAAGCCGCCAGGCACUCAGGGGCAGCCUGCCUGCUCAAUCCAGGUGGCUUCACAUGGCCACAGGUGCACAAUGAAGUACCCUCUUGUGCCGCUGGUGAACGACCUCACGCUCUCUUUCCUGGUGUUCUGGCUCUGCCUGCCCGUGGCUUUGCUGCUGUUCUUGAUGAUCCUCUGGUUACAGUUCUUACUCAGUCAAGAGUCAAAGGAAGAUUAUUCAGAUUUAUGUUUCAACUGGGAACCCUGGAGCAAAAGACCUUCUGAGUCUGGCCAUGAGGAGACAUUCUGUGACUAUGAGUACAGGCACUACUGGUGAGCCUGUUCUACCUGGUAUCAUCUGGGCCCAAGUGGAUGGUAGAAAGAGAACACUGGAUUCCAAGGAGCCUUCCUGGGACCUCCGGUGGUCAGACCUACCAAGCCUGUUGCCGAAUCAUCUGUCCUCCAUCAACACAGAUGACCUGAAGUCUUUCAGAGAAGAGUCAGGCCCAAGGAGUUUAUAGGGGACAGCUGGCCAGCUCAACUCCCAGGAGGUGUGGGGUCCCUAUUAAAGAAAUGGGGUUCUUCUGUGCCCUGCCAGA